UUCCCAAAUUUGUUCAACUAAAGGAAGUUAAAUGUUGAAUUUCUUGGUUUUAAUUUUUAAAAAGAAGUGUUAUGAAGUGCCAAAUUAGUUUUUAUUGUUGUCCAGAUGAAUAGGCCACAACCUACUAAACGAGCAGUGAAAGCAAGAAGUUCUAAACGUCAUUGUCAAGAAAGAUUGUGUUGUCAAGUGUUUGAGGCAGAAGCACAAUAUUAUUGUAAACAAUGUAAAUCCCAGCAGUGUGUAGAUUGCGAGAAAAAUAUACACUCCAUUGGCAGUUCUAAAGACGAUCUUCAUGGUAGAGUAAAAUUAGAGAAAAUUCCUAUUGAUACAUUGUGUGAAGGCACCAAAAAUAAUGUGAAAUGUGAAAAUGUAAAUUUUGCUGAUAUCUGGUGUGAAAAUUGCAAACAAAGGUAUUGUUAUAAUUGUUAUGAUAAAGAACAUAUUCAAAGCAAAAAAAAGACUCAUCGUCACAUGUCAUUUAAAGAGUAUGUAACUAGAAAAAGCCAACAAGAGCAACAAUCUGUGCAACACAAUUUGAAGCCAUUAUCACCCGUGUCUUUCAAUGAUGAUUCUCUAACCUAUUUGUCAUGUCCACAACAACUUGAACAAGUCCCUGUGUCAUCUUUAUCAUGUCCAGAGAUCAGCACUCCAGAAGAUGAAAAUAUGUCAUUUACAAGCUUUCAUUCUGAUCACAGCCAGAGUAGCAUUCCGGAUGUUUGCCAGGGUAUAACUGAGCCUUUUGAUUGUAGUGACAUUGCCAAGGAACUUGAUGAUAUGAAUGACCAUGUGAAAAAAUACCAAAAUUGCUGUGGCUUUGUUUUAGCUACCGACAAAGAAGAACUGCAGGUAAAAGAUGAAAAGGAUUUUUGUGAAAAACUUGGUUGCUAUACAGAAGAGCAUAAUGAUGUCAAAGUGAAGGUUGUUUCUAUAUUUGGUAAUACCGGUGAUGGAAAGUCACACACUCUGAAUCACACAUUCUUUGGAGGAAAGGAAGUCUUUCAGACAUCAUCAGGACAUGCAUCCUGUACUGUUGGAAUAUGGGCAGCUUACGAUCCAGAAAACAAAGCAAUUAUCAUAGAUACAGAGGGUUUACUUGGCGUUGCUGACAACUCCAACCAGAGAACACGCUUGUUGCUGAAAGUGUUGGCGAUAUCAGAUGUCGUGAUCUACCGCACACGGGCUGAACGUCUACACAGUGACAUGUUUAGAUUUAUCAGUGAUGCCUCCAAGAGCUACCUGGAGCACUUCACACAAGCACUGAAAAAAGCUGCCGAGAAACAUAAUCGUGAUAUAUCGGUGUCACAUCUUGGACCAGCUAUUAUUAUAUUUCAUGAGACUAUACAUACCAAUGUCUUGGCUGGUGGUCAAGGAAAAGCACCAGAAAAUGAAGUUGAAGCCAAAUUUAAGGAUUUAAAAUGCAGUUUUAAUGCCUUUAGUCGACUCCACUAUGUUGGUACAAAAACACAAAAUCCACCCACAGACUUUCGUCGACUGCAGCGAGUCACUAAAGAGCUGCUAGAAAAUAAUGUUAUCAGGGCACGUAGACAACCAGGAAUUGUCUUCCAUGCUCUGAAGGCCCUGAAUGAUGCAUUUAGUGGAGACAUCGACAAGCCAGGAUGUAACACAUUCCCAGACCAGUAUUUCACCUGUUCAACAAUGUGUUUAGCAUGCGGGGCAAAAUGCAUGCGAAGUAUGAGUCACACCUCGGAGGACAUGGAUCACAAGCCAGGCGAGGAUGUGCGGUGUCGUUACCAGUAUCAGUACGGUAACAUGCGAUACCUCUGUAAGAAAUGUAUCAUAAAGGGAAAUCGGAAUUUUGUUGUUCCAAAGACAUCAGCAUCAUCAGACAAUACUUGGGUUGGACUUGGCAAAUAUCUCUGGUCUGGCUAUGUUCUAGAAUGUCCCAAUUGUGGAAUUAUCUAUCGCAGCCGCCAGUACUGGUAUGGAAACCAUGACAUCGAAACCAUUGUCCAGAUGGAAGUGAUGCACAUUUGGCCAGAUAGUCAUCAAGUGCUUGAUGGAACACACAAUGCAGCUCGCAAAUUUUUGGAUGGACUUCACAGUGUCGCCAGUACAAUUGGAACGGUCGGUGCCAAACCUACGAAGAUGUUGGCAGAAUGGACGGCUGAUCAGAUAGCUCCAGCAUACUGGGUGCCAAACUCUCAAAUUCUGGAAUGCCAUGACUGCAAGGUGGAUUUUACUCAUAACGACCAAAAACAUCACUGUCGAGCGUGUGGACAAGGUUUCUGUGACGAAUGCUCUUUGAAAAGCCGAGCUGUGCCAGAACGAGGCUGGGGCUUGUCUCCAGUUAGAGUGUGCAAGAAAUGUUACGAAGGUAAACCAGGACAAGGUGAAGGUGGGGAUAUGCCCAUCACAGCUCGUAAAGUUGGUGAAGUUGUUAGCUCAACCUUUGGUGCAGUUGCAUCUGCCAUUGAUCUACCUUUUGGGAUGCUAAAAGAUUCUGCCCGACCAGCCUACUGGGUUCCUGAUGACCAGAUCACAGAGUGCAAUAUAUGCAAGGUGAAGUUCUCCUACAAGAUCCCCAAGCACCACUGUCGAGCCUGUGGACAGGGUGUGUGCGACGACUGCUCUCCAAAUAAAAUACCAGUACCCAUGCGUGGCUGGGACUACCCUGUCCGAGUGUGCACCAAGUGCGAAAAAAGAAAAGAUCAUCUUUAGCAAACACAAAUCAUUCCACCGUAUAAAUAACAUUUCCAGGUGGUUUGUUUGGCAGACUUUUGUUGAUUUUGUCCCUCACAGUCAGAAUUGCCCAAGGCAAGUAUGUGUCGGUGAUGAGAUGUCAAAACAAAUUUUUUGACCGAAGAUUAAUACCUUUUCAGUUAGGUUCAAUUAAAAAAACGGCAGAACGUAACAUAAUAUAUAGAGCCGAAUUUACGAAGCCCGUUUUUCUUAAACACAGAUGUUUAAACAAUGUAAAUACAUGUAGUAUUCAGCCCAUAAUGUUCUAAUUGAAAAGUAUUAGGGGAAGAUAUGUAAUGAACAGUGAAGAAAAUGAGUCAUUGGUAAAAUUAAGAUGUUUGAUCUAAAAUGCAACUGGAAGUAUUUGAAGGAUUCCCUUCAAGAUUCAGACCAGUGUCAGACACUGUAAUUACAAGUCAUUGUUUUCAAGAUGGAUGGACCAAGCUGCUUCGUCAUGUUGCCUUUGAUUUUGUUUUUGUUGCCUUACAUAAAGUGUAUGACAUGUUUAGUUAGAGCUAAGGGACUUCACAAUUAUCAACAUUCUCACCUUACAAACCGAACACUAGGGCAUAGGGUUAGUUAAUGUCGGCAUAUGCUUUUAAAACAAUAUGUACAACACAAUUAAUUAAUAAUUUACUCCGUUAGUUAAUAUUGGUUCUUUGUCUUAUUAAGUGUUAUUUGAAAAUCGCGAAAAUGUUGAUAAUUGUCAAAGGCCAUUAACUUAAUUUUUAUAAUGUUUUUGUUGUCUUGUACCAUGAUAUUAUAGUUAUUUAAUCUUAACCUACAAAUGAAUUAUAUUAUUUGAUGAUUAUGCUUUGGUUUCACAUUGAUUAACAUGUUUUGAGUUGAUGUUAGGUUAGCAUACUUAAGUUACAUAUUAAAAGCAUGCUUUUUAAAAAAGUAUGUAUUUAAAUAAAUGUUAUUGUAGCUAUCUGUGAGUGCUUUUGGUUGAUGAAUCCAUGUGAAUGAAUCUUUAGAUAAUCAUUAUGGUAUUCAAGUUUAUAAUUUUGUGAGGUGGGAGUAGAGCUUAGCCUUGCUUUUAAAUCUACUGAAUCAGAGUGUCCUAUUUAUUUGGAUUUUAAUAUGAAAAUUAACUUUAACUGUGAUAUAUGUACAUGUAUUUUUAUUUCUUAUAACUGAAAACAUAUAUGUGACACAGAAAAAUUGCACAACGAAAGUUUAGCUAAUGUUAAAAGAAAUGGUAUAACAUUUAUAAAUUAACCUAUUUCUAUUAAUUAGUAUUCACAUCUGAAAUGUUUACCAUUUACAAACAACAUAAACUCAUCAACUUUUGCCUUAACACAACAGGAGGAUCUGGUUUUCUUUUAAGUUUAUUCAACCAUGGCAUAUUUAGACAUCAUAAAAUAUAUUUGCUAAACUUUCGUUGUUGAGUAUAUUUCUAGAAGUUAUUGCUAACACUGUAAUAAUGUUAUAAUACAGGAUAUUUAAAUAGUAAAAGAUUAGUUGACACAUGCAUACUAAUAUAUUGAAAUCCUGGGUCAAUGCUGGCUAAUUAACAUGAUUACCUUUCGUAUUUGAAGUGCUAAUGCAUGUAGGAAUAUAAUUAGUCGUUCAGUAUACUAGCUGUGAAAACAAAAUGCAAAUACAAUCAGUCAGGUAGUAUUGUUAUUUGUCUGUCUGUGAGUUUUGCUUGUUCUUCAUUGCCUCCCAAAGAUCCAGAAUUGUACAAGAUAAUUAUGUUAGGUGGUGGGCACUGAAUAAAUUAAUCUUGAAAGAAGAGAUCAUCUUUGUGGCCCAGUUUUGUUGCAUGUUCAAAAUGAAAAUGGUUACAUUUUAACAGAAUGGAGUUUUACUGGUUGUCUGUUCAAUGUUGUUGUUAUUAGUUUGUGAUACAAUAUUUUGUAUGGGGUUUCUUUCUUUUUUUCUCUUUUUUUCAAUAUUGCAGUGUUUAAACUGGUGUCCAAAAGAUGGUUGUUUUUUCAGAUACUAGGAAUUAAGAGAAUGCCAUCGUGUUUGAAAUUGAAUAGAGAAAGAGAAAUGUUAUCUGGUUUGUCCACGAUUUAACAAAUUAACAGAAGACCUGUUAAUGAAAAGUAAAUGGAUCUUAUCUGAUACUUGAAAGUGGAAGGAACGGUGUCUGGUAUAUUUGACAGUGGAAGAAAUGGUGUCUGGUAUAUUUGAGAGUGGAAGGAAUGGUGUCUGGUAUAUUUAAGAGUGGAAGGAAUGCUGUCUGGUAUAUUUGACAGUGGAAGGAAUGCUGUCUGGUAUAUUUGAGAGUGGAAGGAAUGCUGUCUGGUAUAUUUGAGAGUGGAAGGAAUACUGUGGUAUAUUUGAGAGUGGAAGGAAUGCAGUCUGGUAUAUUUGAGUGGAAGGAAUGCUAUCUGGUAUAUUUGAGAGUGGAAGGAAUGCAGUCUGGUAUAUUUGAGAGUGGAAGGAAUGCUGUCUGGUAUAUUUGAGAGUGGAAGGAAUGCUGUCUGGUAUAUUUGAGAGUGGAAGGAAUGCAGUAUGGUAUAUUUGAGUGGAGGGAAUGCAGUCUGGUAUAUUUGAGUAAAAGUAAUGCUAUCUAUUACAUAGCGAUCAGUUAUAUUUAAGAAGCAAAAUAUAUGUUCAUUUAAUGACAUCCUAUCAUAUAGUUUAAUGCCAGGCCAUUGGGUGUUAGCUUAAGUAGACCACAUUGUUAGAUAUACUAGCUGUGAAACAAAGGAUUGAAUGAAUUUAUCCAUUGAAUUUACACCUUGGGCAAAAGCUCUACUAUUAAACUACAUGAAUAGAAGACCUACUAAUUAUGUUCUCUUUUUGUGUGCGUGCAUACGACAGAGAGAGAGAGAGAGAGAGAGAGAGAGAGAGAGAGAGAGAGAGAGAGAGAGAGAGAGAGAGAGAGAGAGAGAGAGAGAGAGAGAGAGAGAGAGAGAGAGAGAGAGUGAGAGUGAGUGCGAGAGUGUGAGUGUGUGAGUGUAUGAGUGUAUGAGUGUAUAAUAUAUAUAUAUAUAUAUAUAUAUAUAUAUAUAUAUACACAAUGAAUAUAUGAAUGAAUUGAAGGAAUGAUAUUUAGUAUGUAUGAAAAUUACCGGAAUGCCCAAGAAUACGCUGCCUGGAUGGAGGUCAAUGUUUUAUCUAUAUACAUUUAAUAUUUACCUCUUUUAAUAAGUAUACUAGAAUUUUACUUGCAAGUAUGCUAGUCAGUUUUUCAUAAUUUGUUUCCUAAGUAAAUAAAUUAACAAUUUGCA